AUGGAUCUUUCUGAGGGGGAGGACGCGCGGAGCGUCGGCGGCAGCAGCCGGGAGAGCAACGACAGCAUUUGCUUCUACUGUCGUGGGGGCGGCGAGGUCGUUUGCUGCGAAGGCUGCACAAACUCGUUCCACGUCGACUGCCUGGACGCCGCGCGCCGGCCGCAGCUGUCGGACGAAGACUGGUUUUGCCCCGAAUGUGUCGCUCGGUCUGCAGCGAGCAAAGGCGCGGGCGGCGGCCUCCCUGCCUCGUCGUUCCUCGUGGGCAUGCUGCCCUCGCCUCCCUGCGGGACUCCGCAGCGCUUCCUGCCCCCAGCGGCGCUCUACGCCGCCGCGAAGAAGGACGACGACGCGGCGCUGUCACCGCUCCUGCUGGCUAAGCGCCGGAAGCUCCAUGAAGCCGCGCCUCUGGCAGCCGCCGAAGCCUCGCACGCCUCCUCGUCCUCGCCUCUCGCCCCUCGCGGCUCGCGGGAGUCUUCGCCGCCUGCCAGACGCGGCGGCGGCGACGCGGGCGGCCGUCCCUUCGCCAGAGAGACGGAGAGAGACUGGGCGCCCGCGGAUGAGGCCGCCUCUCCGCCGCAGAGCGACGCCCGCGACGCGUCGCGCGCCGACGCCACGCACGUCGCCAGCGCGACCGCGACCGGUCCCGAGGGUCGCCUCUCGCCCAAGCGCGAGCCGCAUGCAGACGCGGCUGCCGCGGAGUCUCCGGCGGCCGCGCCUCCGGGGGAAGGCCGCGCCUCGCUUCUGGGCUCGGCGGCGGCGCCCCGCGCCCGCGAAGGCCUGAAGGAGGAGGAGAGCGAAGGCAGCGAGGCGGGGAGUCGCGGGGGACCGCCGGCGUCGCAGAGGCGCGAGAAGGACGACGCGCGCGCCGCGCGGGCGGCGGAGACGCAGCCCAGAGCGAAGCAGACGGCGACAUUGCUCUCUUCGCCGUCGUCCCCGAGUUCAGCGCACCUCAGCGCGGCUCCCGCCGCCUCCAGAGGCGAGGCCGCUGCUCCCCACGCGGCGCCGCACGCGGCGGCAUCGCCUCUCGAGGUCGCCGCGUCGCCUCCGCUGCAGGCCUCGGCGACUGCGUUCGCCUCCCAUGCAUUCCUCAGCGCGAACUGCCGCGCGGGCGCCGGCGGGCGCUGGCCUCCUGGGGCUGCCGCAGGCGGCGCGAGCAAGCGGCGGAGGAAGCGCGGCGACGAGACGCGCAUCAACGUGGGACCGGACUACCAGGUGCCUCGUCUUCCGGACUUCUACCUCUCCCGCUCGGACGAGCUGGCGUCUGCUGAGGAGGCGUACAGGGCGAUGUUUCCUUUCUCGACUUCGUGGGGGUCCGCGUCGUCGCUGUUUGUCUCGUCUGCGGCGCUGGCGUGCCCAUCGGUGCUGCGGUCGCUCCCGUCGACUUCGUCCUUCUUCGCGCUGCAAGACACUCUCCGCUCGCGCUGGUCGCCCUUCCCCUGCUCGCUCUUUCCGUCGCUUUCGGUGCAGCAGUCGCCUAGGGGGACGGCUGGGGCGUCAGAGCCGCCACGCGCCGCGCCAGGCCCCACCCGCGGCGAGGACAGUGACGAAAAGGCCGCGCGCCGCGCAGGCGCAGGCGCCUCCUCCGCCUCCGCCUCGUCUGCCUCGCUCAAUUCGUUGUCUCUCGCGGCGCCGACCGGCGCGCCAGCCCCCUUCCCCUUCUUCGCGCCGGCGCCCUUCGAGGCCGCGCCGCCUCACGCGCCGCAGGCCUUUCCGCCGCCGCCUGGCUUCCUUGCCCUCACGCUCCGCGGCGCGGUCGCAGCGGCGCCGGCUCUUGCGGGCAUUCAGUUCGAGGACGCGCGGCACAGCGCGCUCGAGCCGCGGCUCGUCUACUCGCCACGGCACCUGGAGGAGAAGCGGCAACAAUGCAUCGCCACAGGCCGCCUGCAACACUGCAUUCGCACGCAGACCGAGCUCGCCGACUUCGUGGAGACGUGCUCGCGGUGCUGGCACGCGCGUCCCGGCUGGCAGCCGUUUUCGGCCGAGUUCGCCUACCAGCUGCUGCAUCGCGCAGGCUACGACCCGCAGCGCGCGCUUCGCAUGCUUGACGACCCCGGAUUUUGCUUCAACGACAUCUGUGAGCCGCCGCUUCGGAAGUAUGACAACAAAUGGAAGCGGCGCGACAAGCGCGGCACCUUUCCCAACAGCCCGUACCCGCCCCCCCUCGUCAUUCAGGCCUUCCUCCAAGAGAAAUCGCGCGGGGCGACGCGGCCGUCGUCCUCCUCUGCGCUGCACUCAGUCGCCUACCUCUCGCGGUGA